CAUAUCUUCACUCUGAGGAAAAAAAUAACUGCUUCACUGCAGCAGAACACAGUUUGUCUUUACCUCGACUGACACAAGGAGAGAUGAUGUCCUAUAUGACUGAGAGCAGGCUGGGUGGAGGUCGAGGUUCCUGGAGCUCAGUGGCUCCCUCUAGCUGCCCGGAGGUUGACCUGGAGGUCAUCGAGGAGUACCUGCAGGAGCACUCGCUGGAGGUCGCACUGGCGCACGCACCCCAGGGCGCCGUGGGUCAACAUGUGCACACGCUGUUCCACCCAGCGGGCGGCAGGAUCAUAGAGAACAGCUGGUCAGGUCAUGGUUAUGAGUGGCACUUUGGAUCUCACACUACACAAAAGGAAUAUGAAGAGCAAGCUCCGCCCAUAGCCUGUCCCAGUUGCCAUGACAACCAGUGGGACCAUGUUGCAUUUUCCUAUGAAACGUCUGCGUACAUCGACUCGGACUCUCAGUCCAGUUGCUCCCAGUAUCAGGAAUAUCAGGAUUCUGCGUCUCCGUCGUCUGAGAGUGGAGGCAGGAAAGACGGAGACAGUCUGAUUCUGUCUCCGUUAUCUGGAAAGAGGAAGGAGCGCUUGUUCCAGUUCCUGUUUGAAAUGCUGCAGACGCCGUCCAUGCGGAGCUGCAUCUGGUGGGUCCAGUCCUCCUCGGGCACCUUCCAGUUCUCCUCGCAGAACAAGGAGCGCCUGGCGCAGCUGUGGGGGCGACGCAAGGGCAACCGCAAGACCAUGACCUACCAGAAGAUGGCGCGGGCGCUCAGGAACUACUCCCGCACCGGUGAGAUUCAGAAGGUGAAGAGGAAGCUGACGUACCAGUUUGAUGAGAAGACGUUGCAAGGCCUGCAAGGAGACAAUUCCAACAGAGUGUAGAGAAGUGGACACACCUUUAAAGGGGUAGUUCAGGAUUUUUGGAAGCGUGGUUGUUUGGAAUAUUCCUCAUUCUCAAGGGUCAAAAACACGAUGUUUAAACUCAGGUUAAACUUCCGUUCAGUCUUGCAUAUUUUCAGGUUCGUCUACGUGAAAAAAAAUCCUGCACAUACUUGACAGUAGUACUUGAUUAUUUUCUCCAUUCAUCGAGCACUUGUUUGGUCCAGAAAAUGUCAACUAGUGUUUCUCAAAUCUAGAAAUAAUGACGUUUUCAAAUGUUUUGUUUUGUCCACAAACUAAAAAUAAUCAUUUUUCCAUCUUGUGUCUGUAAUAUCUUACACAUAUGAUCUUUAUCCACAGAGAGAAAAUCAUUGAUUUAAACAUCACACACACCUCCAUGCCUCCAUCACUAAGUUCAAAUGUCUUAUUUUGUCACUUCAGUGUUUGAAAUCCUUUGUUCAGAUUGACCUCAGUGACACAAAGUGACCACACGAGGCAGCAGAGGACCAGCAGCUCAUGUGUCCCCACCAGCUAAAAUCAAUGAUUCUCUCUAUGAGGUUUGGUGUGGGAGAGUGAGACAUCGCAAACUUAAUUGCUUUUAUUUCUUUUAAUUUAUGAAAAUCUGUCAUUCGCAGGACAAAGUGUCAAACAUAUACUUAAAAUGUCAAAUUUAAUCAAUUUGUUUCCAUUUUUUUUCCCCACUAUAAGCCGUUUUCAUGCCUUUACCAUGCAGGGGGGUGCUCAGAGUGCAGUCAGCUGAUUGUAAGAUGUACCCUUUAGUGUCCUGUCUGCUGAUCCAAAGUCUAACACAUGAAUACUGUGUAUUUGAGUAUAAAUCUGUGAGUCAGAGCUGUGUAUAAAUACACACAGAGCCAUAUUGGAGUAUGAGAACUGACAUGUAUGUAAAUCUAAAAGAUUGUUGCAUCAUAUCUACUAAG